UCCUCGUUGUCUUUCAUCCCAUCAAAGUUCAAAGCGUGUCCUUCAACUGAACUGGCGACAGGGGAGGGAAGCGUAAGAUUGUUGCCGGUUCCUUCAACGUCCCUCUUUCUCCUUCCAUCUUCUUCUUUGCUUGGCUUGAGAUUUCUAGGCAAGUGGAAGAGUGAAAAGGAUGGUUCUUUCAGAGGAUGAAUUCAAUAGGCUUUACAGAAUCAGGAAGACAGUGAUGCAGAUGCUGAAGGAUAGGGGCUAUCUGGUUACAGACUACGAGAUUAACAUGACCAAGAGUGACUUCAGGCAUAAAUACUCUGAACACAUGAAAAGGGAGGACCUUGUUAUCAAUAAAGCUAAGAAAGAUAAUAGCUCCGACCAGAUCUAUGUUUUCUUUCCUGAAGAAUCAAAGGUUGGAGUUAAGAUAAUGAAGACAUACACUAACCGCAUGAAAUCAGAGAAUGUUACCAGAGCAAUCUUGGUUGUUCAACAGAAUUUGACUCCCUUUGCCCGGAGCUGUAUUGCUGAAAUAUCUUCAAAAUUUCACUUGGAGGUUUUUCAGGAGGCAGAACUGCUGGUCAACAUAAAGGAGCAUGUUCUUGUUCCGGAACAUCAGGUGCUAACUGACACAGAGAAGAAAACCUUGCUUGAGAGAUAUACUGUGAAAGAAACUCAGCUUCCUAGAAUCCAGGUGACAGAUCCAAUUGCAAGAUAUUACGGACUGAAGCGUGGACAGGUAGUGAAGAUAAUCCGACCAAGUGAAACUGCUGGACGUUAUGUUACCUACCGAUAUGUUGUAUAACUCGGAUAAUACUCAUGUUGUAUAACAAAUAUGAUACUGUCUCAUUCUAUUUAUGUCCUGAGCUGUGCGCUUCAUUAUAGACUGCAGCAAAAAACGAGCUCGCACCACAGAAAAGUUAACUUUUGUGCCAAUUUUUUUGUUUUUGGUUUUUGGGGACCGGAGUUGUUGUAUGUUAUGAGUGAUUCCAUUGAAAAAUUUCUCGGUGGUUGCACCCUCGGACAAAAUGGAAGGAUAAAAAGGUCAAGUUCAAAGUU